UCAGUUGGUCGCCAACUGUUGAUUGGUAAAGAAGUUGCGUUCUCGCCGAAAUAGACAAAUAUUUAAAUUUCUGAACAUUUGGUUGAUAUUACUAAAAAAUUGUGACUUUUAUGAAACUAAACACUCUCCAUACAAAUACGUAAAUCUUAGUUUAUGUUCCACAUGAUUUGCUUUGCAAAGUAUUAUCAUUUCGUGUUUUUUUGUUCGGUCGUCUACAAAUUGAGAAGUCAACUCGGCAUUGAGUCGAGCGUGCGUUUUUGCAGAGAAAGUUCCGUCAAAUACUCAUAUCGUACCAUAAUACACCAUUGAUUUUUAUCGAUGCGUGCGCGCCAACGUUUUCGGAUUUGUCACGUAUUCAUUUGAAAAUUGAUUACACCGACUGCAGAAUGAUGGACAAUUGAACGAUAAAUUAGUAUAAAAUAAUAUAAAACAAAGUUGUAUACAACAAAGUGAAGAAAGCACAAAGACCAAUAGAAAAUAUCUAGAUUUCGAAUUCGUCAUUUGGUUUGGAUUGCUAGUGGUGCGUGAGUGGGCACAAUCUUUUCUUUGCUAGUGAAAAACUGAGUCAUUAUUAAUACAUUUGAUACGGAAAUUUCACAUCACAUGUAGCGAUAAAUUUUUUUGACCAAAAUUAACUGAUGAGGCAUCUGAAGUGAGAGAGAAAUUGUGAUUAUUUACAUUGGACUGACAAAAAUACCACACAUUCAUUAAUUGUAAUUCAUAUGCGUGUGUGACAAGUGUGAAAUGCUAUUUAUGUAAAAGAGUUUUAAAAAAACAAACAGAGACAUUGAUUGCUGCUUUCCAUCAGAUUUGUAACAAAUCGACUGGAUUUUAAAAUUUGUGUGCCUAAUAAACGUAAAAUUUAAAACAUCGAGUGUAUAAAAGCCAACGAAUUCAGAUUAAAGUCCAAAGUCUAAAAUUAAAAAUGCCGCGAAAUAAAGGUGAAUUUUCUUGGUCAAUAUUCUGGAUCUUGCUGCAAUUGAGUAUAACGGUAGUUAUGUCUGCGAAUAUUCCCUAUCUGGACUCGUACGAAAUGUAUUCCUAUAAAGAGCCAAGGUCGAUGGGUGACUUAAAAAAUCAACAUAUGCGCCAAGCAAUGAUCGAUGUCACCGAGACAAUCAAUGAAGUUCAGAAAAUUUUACAAAAAGAUCCGCGAUUACCACGGCUGACACGAGGUGAAAUCGAAGAUUUAUUUGAGAUGGUCACGCGGGAGGAAUACAAACGAAGCUUGGCAAUUGGUGAUUUCGAACGUGCUAAGCAUAUGCGGUCAUUAAUGUUGGUAUUGCCAUUCAAUACCAAUAAUUAUUCAGAGGAACGUUUAGAGGAGCUCUUCACGCAAAUGCCUGUCACCAAAAUGGUUAACACUGUAUCGAAAAUUCCGAAACCUCAACGAAUUGUCAUCCCGGCAUCGGCUGAAAAUUCAAUUUUAGACACAAUUGGAGCAAAUUCAGAGGUCAUAAACAUAGGACACCACCAAUUACCAACCACAUUCAAGCCAAAUUUUCCCAUUAAUAUGAAAAACACAUACACAGCUCCGGUGACUACUUUCCAUCCAAAAGCAAUGGCAGCUCAAACGAUUCCACAAUUGUAUCCAAAAUCAACUGUUCAAACGGUUUCCACGUUCCACCACCCGAAAAGUACAAUUCAUCCAAAAGUAACGCUGCAAAGUGUUCAACAACAAAAAACAACAUUUGCAAUUCCAUCAACAUUCCAUCCGAAAGCCACACUUCAAACAAUUUCAUCAAAUGAUAUUCCAACCGAGAUUAUUUCAACUUAUCAUCCAAAAUCGGUUAACGUAAAAGUGACAAAAAAUACUAAGGCGCCAACUAGUCAGCCAAUUAGCACAAAUCAAAAGUUUAGCAGCAGAUAUAGUGCACCGACAACGUAUUUCACUCCAACUGUACCGCCAACGAUUAGACCGAAUGUAAAGAAUAUGUUAGCCACGAUUGGCUUAGAACCAGAUGAUAAUUACACACCAACCAUUUCAAUUGAAUCACAGAAAUUGGAAAAUCUCCCGGGACCAAUAACAACAACAACGACAACAACUACGACGACCACUACAACAACCACUCCGAAACCGGAACUCACACCAGAAUUACAAGAGUUGUUGGCUUCAUUCGGAUUGCUUACAGACGAAAGAGCACCACCGCAUGUAACAGCCGGCCCAUAUCAAGAUGAAUUUCAUCCAAUUUUCCCGAGCUCCCUAAAAGAUGAAACGUUAUCGGUCAGCGAAUUUAAGCCAUUGCCAAAGUCGGUGACCGCUUCGGACAUUGAAGAUAAAGCAUCUGCGGGAAUUGAAAGUUCAUUCGAAAUAAAAGGUGAUGAUUUUUCAUCGUUUAAGCCAUUACCAUUGCCCGAAGAAAAACCAGCCAGCGAUGACGCAUUAGAAAAGUUACUGAAAUCAUACGGAUUGUUAGAGGAAGAUGAACGAGGUAGCAAAGCAAUUGAUGCUGAAAUUGAACGGCUCAAUGAGGAUGAUAAUGAUGAUGGUGAUGAUAGCAAAGAGAGUGGCAGUGAAACAAUUGAAGUGACAGUAAAACCAUACAAAAAAAUGUCCAAUGUGCCGGAAGUUGAUGUAGGCUUUUUAUCACCAGAUUUGGCAAAGGUUCUUGGUAAUAUGGGCGUUAAAAAUGUGAAUAAACAAGAAACAACUACAAGACCAUUUAUUUCACGAAGAAUUGAUUCAACGGCAUCAACCGAAUACGCAUCAGAUAUGGAAUACACAGCUGGUCCGGCAAUGUCAUCAACCAUGAAAGAUGACUACCAAAAAUUACAUUUACUUCUUGAUACCAUUAAACAAUUGGAUUCGUUGAAUGCCAACUUAACUGUAGAAGAAUUGGAGAAAUUAAAUUUAAAAAAUUUCAAUUUAAGCAAAGACACGUUGCUUCAGAGUGUUGGACCCGAUCCCACAUAUGACGUUCAGUCAGCGUCAAAAAAUGAAGUUAAACGACAAACCAACACUUCAUCAGAACCAACUCGGAUCCAAUUGGAUGUGACAGCCGCAUCCACACCAAGUAGUAACAUUAAAUCCACUGAUGACGACAUUACAAAAUCAACUGAUUCUACCAGCACUGUUGACGAUACAGUGACACAAUCAGGCGAUGACAUUGACGCAACGCCGAAGCGCGAAGGUAAAAUUGAAGAUUUGGAAAAAGAGAUAGAAACAGAAACAGAGACCGAAGCAUCAUCAUCAUCCACAUCUUCAACGAGUACAACCGAAGAACCUAGAAAUGGUAGCAUAAGCGAUUUGGCUGGUUCAUUCGGAGGCAAUGAUGGACUCGAUAUAACUUCGGAGGAACCAUUACCACCCCCAAGAAAGAACGGAUUCUACUUUUUCUCGGAUUGGAAUUCAUUUCUCGAGGUCGGCGAAGAUCCGGAUAAAGUUGUAGUGAGGUUUGACCCAAAGAUUGGAGAUCCAACUCAAUUCGUACCUAUUAAAAUUCCAUAGAAUACAUGAUAUUGAAUGAUGUUUGAUUUAGGAUAGUUUUUAAGAUUUCGCUUAGUAUGCAGAUUAUAUUUAUUUAAAAUUUUGUUAUCCGUCGAAACAAGUAUUAGUAAUUUCCGAAUUAGUGCAGUACUUACCACAAUAAACACAUUUGAAUUCAUUGAUCUUUGAAAAUUAUUUUUAAAAAAUGUAAAUAAUAAAAUCAAAC